AUGGACAAACAAAACAAAACUCCGACUACAACAACCGUUCACGCUUUGUCACUUCCAUAUCCAGAGCCACAAUGGCCCACCAUCUCUCCUGACACUGAGCAGGCACUCCUGCAGCUCCUCCUCCGGCUGCUGCAGCCCAUUGGCGAGUUCAGACGCGACCAGGUUGCCCGUUCCAAGGGCAAGGGAAGAGCUGGAAAGGUGAACAAGACACAAGAAGACUCUCUGCCAGAAUGGAUGCCCGAUAUCUACGACCACCUCACGGUCGGAUUCAAUAGCACAGUGCGCAGACUUGAAUCCCUAGCCCGCGGCCGGAAGCCCCAACUCCUAUCUCAACACACAGACGCCGACCUAUUGGGACAUUCACGUGCAAAUCUCUUCGUGGUAUUUAUUUGCCGCCAGAACUUUCCGGACGUAAUGACAUCCUCCCUUCCUUUGCUGAUAGCAACCUCAGCUCCCAAGGUCGCUAGGGCCAGACUGGUGGAAUGGUCUUCACAGGCUGAAGAGAAGCUGGCUCAAGCGCUGCACCAGCCUCGUGUUGGCGUGCUCGGCAUCGAGGAGGGGGCACCUGGUACUGAAAACCUGCUGCGGUGUGUACGAGAAACCGUUGACGCGGUUGAUGUCCCCUGGCUCGACCAAACAUCCACGCCCAUAUACCAAUCCGUCAACAUCCAAACCGUCGAGUCAGUCCCCAAGUCCAAUGCCGCAGUCCGGGGUCGCAAGCGGAAGAAUCCCGGAGACGGCUGA